UUUAACGACUUCCACAAGCAUCACAACUUUAAUAAUUAAAUUUUUUCUAGAAAUAAAAAAAGAAAAGAGAAUAAUACUCAAUCAUGGAACGAACAUCAAAAUUAAUGCAUAAUUUACGCAUUCGACAAAGAAUUUUUCAUUCACAAAUGAUCAAAUUAAAAAUUAUUUCUAUUAUUUUCAAUUCAAUUUUAAUGAUUGUUGGUAUUUUAAUAUUUGGUGCUGUAUUAUCUGCAAUCAGUUAUCCAACUUGGUUGAAAAUGUUUAUAUCAUUACAAAAAAUCACAAUAAGUUAUGCAAUUCUAAUAUGGAUUGUAUUUUUUUGUCUUGCAUCAAUUACGUUGGGAAUAAUUGGAAUAUUUGCAAUUCAACGUAAAGCAACAUUGAUUUUAGGCAUACAAAUAUUCGCUUUGGUAUUUUUAGCAGUAUUAGAAAGUGGUAUACUCUAUACUAUACUAUCACAAUGGUUAACCCAUUUAGAAGUUGGCGUAACAUUUGCUGUACAAAUGUUUCAACCUGGUUUUGAAGAUCAAACAGUUAUGGCAAAUAUACAAGAAGCUCUGCAUUGUUGUGGCAGAGGAUCUUAUGGUGAUUACGGUGUGGCGAAUGAAGCAAUACCUAAACAUCAUGUACCAUAUUCAUGUUGUGAUUUACAAACUUAUACAAGUGCACAAUGUAAUAAUGCUUCAAAAUUGACUAAAAACAAACUCACCAAUUUAAUGACACAAUCAUCAUCAUCAUCACCUGAAAUCAAUAAUCUUCCUUAUGUUAUUCCAUAUAAUCUGGCUUAUCCGGAAGGUUGUGUAAAUCGGCUGAAAAAAUUAUUUUUACCAGUAGUAAUUGGUUGUUUUUGUUUUUUAAUCUCAAUGAAUAUUUUUGCAACAUUUGUAAAUUGUUUUUAUGUACAAAAAGCUGCAGAUGAAGAAGAAUAUGAACAAACUUGGCUUGAUUCAAAAAGUUUUAUCAAAGAAACUAAAGGUUAG